UUUCACCACUUGGAGUGCUGUUAGAAACCAUAACCCUGAGUUACUGCACUUUGGUUACUCUACAGUACCAUGUUUUCAGCUCCGAGACUCCCCGAUGCAGCUCCUCGGCUACUUACUUAGCUCCGUGUAGCCGCUAAUGAGAGCAACCGCCGGCUACAGCCCGGUCACGGAAUGCCUCGGAGGAAGAAAAACGGCCAGAGCCCGGCUAGAGUCCCCGGCGGACCGCCAGAGGGGGGAAACCUUGGUCACAACACGAACUACCGACUACCUCAGGGAUUUGACGGAGCCAUGGCGAACAACUUUCCCUCCAGCACCUCGCUGUCCAGCUCCGACAAGGAGAAAAUCGUCAAAAGCAUGCAGGAGAUGUUCUCACACCUGGACCCCGAAGUUAUUUACAUCGUGCUGUCCGAGUGUGACUUUAAAGUUGAAAAUGCGAUGGACUCUCUGUUGGAGCUGUCUGUGGCGGCAGAAGUUGCAGCCCCGAUACCGUCUCCUGUCUCCGGCUUUGAGCGCACUGCUGCAGCCCUGCUCAGCCCAGGUCACUUCUCUGAACCCAAACCAGGCCCGGACUUCUCUAAACCAUCACAGCAACCCUCCUCUCCUCUCUCUCCCAACCUCCUGACGGCAGAGCUGGACCUGCUAAUUGAUCAGGAGCUAGAGACACUAACCGCACAACAAUGCGGUGAGGAAGAGCACUCUGGCAGCCAGUAUUUAUCUGUUGGUAUGAACCUUUCCUCUUUCCCUCCACCACCAGUCCCACAACAGGUCCUCCCAGAGCUGCUCCAGUCCAGCCUGCAGCCUGGAUCUAGCGGGCCAUCUGAAGGUGGCCUGACUGAGCAUGUUUCCGAAACGUCUUCUCCGCUCGACCACCUCAGCACUUGGGAGGACAAGCGCAUUGAAGAGCAUCAGUCAAUGGUGGAUUUCACACAUUUGAUGGCGGAGACGCUCGAAGACAAGCCGAAACCUCCUUUGGACCUGGCAGCUUCAGGACGUCCCUCGGCUUUCCAGGUGUAUAAAAAACUAGAGCCAUCACACACAGCGUCAGACAAUGCUGCAGUCGGCGGAGGAGCAAGAUCUAAGGCGUCAAAUCAGGUGCCGCUUGGAUGCAUGCCGACAACCUGGAAUCUGCAGGCACCAGUGUUUGCUCCCCGUAUCCAUGGAAACCUGGGGCCAGCCUUUAUUACCCCUGUGGCGCACACGCCUCCUAACUGGCCCCGCCAGCCCAGAUUUAUUUCUCCCUGGCUGAGUCAUGGCCCCAUCAGCCAGGCACCUCUCAAACCUUCUGCUACUAUUCCAAAGUCCUGGGCCCUGCCUGCUGCUCCAUAUCCUCCUGCCCAGCACAGCAGGCUUCGUUUGGAAGGGACGGUCCUGGUGUUGCUACGUGGGGCUCCAGGAUCUGGCAAGUCGACCUUGGCAAGAGCCUUGUUAGAGCAUAACCCAGGUGGAGUAAAACUGAGCACUGACGACUAUUUCACUCGCGAUGGAAAAUAUCAGUUUGACCCCAAUGCUCUGGGGGAGGCCCAUGAGUGGAAUCAUCAACAAGCCAAGGCGGCUUUUGAAAGGGGCACCAACCCCAUCAUCAUUGACAACACCAACAUGCAGGGCUGGGAGAUGAAACCCUAUGUGGCUCUGGCACUGAAACAUGGAUAUAAGGUGCUGUUCAGAGAGCCGGACACUUGGUGGAAGAACAAGGCCAGAGAACUGGAGCGGCGUAACACACACAACGUGCCAUUGGAAAGGAUCCGAUGCAUGCUACGUGGAUACGAGCGCUUCGUCACAGUCCAGUCCAUCAUGGGCUCACAGAUACCUGUGAUGAGACAGCAGCUUCCUGUGGAGAACACAAGCUCACAGCCGGUGUCUUCUGUAACACCUCAUCCUGACCUUGUAGGGCAGCCUGGAUUGAUGGAAGGGUGUAAGAAACCCCGCCAUCAGCUGUAUUCCUCCCUCCCCGACGUGUCAUCUAUUGGUCGCUCAAGCGACAUGGGAAUUCCGGAAGACGGCACCCACAAAUCUACAGAGUCCCUCAAUUUCCAACCAACCGGAAGACUUUCGGAAAACGCUGAAAUGUCUGAUGUCGAUGACGACAUGGAUUUGGGGGAAUUGGAUUCUGAGUUGGACACCCAGUUAGAGCAGAACCGUCCGAGAGGAGAUCAGAGAAUCCCCGACUGCAUCGUGGAAUCCGUGAUGAGCGAAGAUCAUCAUGGGGAUGAAAUGCCUGUGGCUUUCUCUGAGUCUAUCGCGCAAAGAGUCAGGAGAGAGAGGCCGAGCAGGAGGUCUGCUUUUGAGGGGUUGGAGCCUGCAGAUUUGGUGAAAGACACAAACCAGUCAGACAGCAAAGCGAAGGAGAAAGAAAUGACAAAAGAAACAGAAGUGGGUGAGAUGGCGAGGGAUGGGGAAGAGACGGGAAUGCCCGAGAUGUUGGAUUUUAUUGGAGACUGGCCCAGUGAAGGGUCUCUUGAGCAGCGGCAGGUUAGGAGAAGAAAAAGGGAUAAAGACAGAAAUGGGAAAGAGGAUGAAGGCCUGUCUCAAGAAGCUAAAAAUAACCCAAAGACAGUGCAGUCAGGACCUAAUGUGACAGAGUUUCAGAAGCUUCUUGAUCUUAUCCAGACAGGAGUAGCUGACAUUCACGCUGGGUCGUCCCGUUCGUCAUCUCUUUCCGUGAGCUCUGGUGAGGAGCUAGAGAAAGAUGAGGAGGCAGGUGGCAGGAUUGAGGAAUCCCACGGCAGUAGAUCUAACAGCAGCAGAGGUGAAUUACCCGACUGUGUGUUAGACUGGAAGGCAGCUGACUCUUGUAAGGUCAGAGAGGAGAGGAUUGAUAAUUUGGAGGCAUUUAAAACUGAAAAUAAAGCGAGAGCUACCACAGAGAUUGUGUUAGAGAUUAGCAGAGAAACACAGUCUGAAGAUUUGAAAUCAACCAAUCCAACAAAUCUUUCUACUUCUACUGCUGACUCACUAGGUAUCUCCAAAACUGUGGAGACAAAUGUAUGCCAUGAUGAGGAGGGAAGCGACAAUAUCGAAGGUGUGACCGAGCCUGCUGCUGCACAUGCUGAUUCGGACAGGAAUAAUUGCACAGAGCAUGGCAGAGAGACAAGAGCGGAGGCUGAUGGGAGUCACAUUAGUGAGAGUCCUGUGUGUGAGGGCUCUGUAGAGGCAGAUAGUGGUGGUUUCAGUGGAGGCAGUCAGGAGAGGAAGCAGCGUCAGGGUCGAAGAUCGGGAAAACAGUGCAAACUAGCCCUCACCUUCACUCAAAACUGCCCUGAUUCUUCAACGAGUCCUCUCGAAUGUCCUAACAACACAGUCCAAUGUAUAAACAUCACUCACAGUAGCACUGACUUUACCCUUAAACCUGACCUGUUCACUGAAUCUAAACCUGACGAACUGCAGCCUCCUUCCCCACUUCCCCUUAUAGACACAGGCAACCCCACCCAGACAGAACCUCAAGACUUCGCUCUUCUUUGGCGCCUCAAUCAUCAAGACGUUUCUGACGAUGCAGCUGCGGGCAGCCACCCCAGCGACAUCACAGUACUGUCUGGAGACUCUUCCCACUUUGUGCCGGAGUUGUCCUCCGCCGUCUCCGCAGCAGUCGCAGUUCACCCGUGCGGACAUAGUGAGGUGCCCUACCGCGUGGUGCACGAGAAAGGCACUCAGGUGGAGGAGAAAGAGCUUGGCGCAACACAAGACCGGCUGGAAAGUUUGCGCAUUCUCAGCCGGCAUUUUAAACUGGUUAGCUUUGAUACUUUAGAGGAUCUGUAUGAUAAAUGCCAUCAGGACCUAGAGUGGACCACCAACCUGCUGUUGGACUCUGGAGAGAGGUUCUUUAGAGAUGAGGAGGAGGAUGGUGCAGGGUGGGGAGAUAGGCAAAGUACAUCCAAUCUGGGUGGAGCUUUAGGCAAGAUGAGCAUCACCUUAGAUGAGCAUCAGUCUGAAGGUCAGCCAAAGGGAGAGCCAACUGCGUUUAAGGAGGCGCCUCAGCAGUUAACCUGUGAAUCGGAUGAGAGCCCCAAUAAUGAUGAUGCGCUUUCUUUUGGAGGUGCAGCUGUUCUAUUUAGAGACAAAGAUCAUCUAGAUACAACCUCAAACUCAAAAGCUUCUCCUCAAACAGACCCUACUCUGCCUCAUGCAGCAAACGAAGGAAACGGAUGUGGUGACACUGAACACAAAUUGACAUCUGAUCUGGAAGACGGCGCUUGGGGUGGGAGCUUAGAUGAUGGAGUGAUUAUUGAGGAGUCAAGACUCGAGAUGGAGGAGGAGAUGGCAAGUAUGGAUGAGGUUCACCGGCUGCUGCAGGCCGAGCUGGAGGAGAUGGAGAGAGAGCAAAAACAGAAGGAGGAGGAGAAGAAGACUGAAAGGAGGCACACGGAGGAGAGAAGGAGCAGACACUUGGACAUUCAGUGUGUGGAGCUUAAACUACCCACUGAGCUGGCCCUGCAGCUGACUGAACUGUUCGGUCCUGUCGGAGUAGACCUAGGCACAUGCCCCUCUGAUGACUAUGCAGUGCAGAUGGACCUGAACCUGGCUAAAUUGCUCCACCAGAAGUGGAAGGAAACCAUUCAGGAAAAGCAGAGACAAGCAACUCUUUCCUUUAACCUGCUUAAGGAAAGUUCAGCACACUGGGGUGAGUCCAAGGCGGCCAGAACUGGAUCACAAGAGCGGACACAGGCAGCACAUUUCCUAAUGAGUGCAGAUGCGUCUCUGGACAGUCAACCAGAGGCCCGUGGUCAGAUGCCGUUCAUGGACCACUGGAAUGUGUCCCAUCCACAUGUGUCUCUAAGAGAUAUUAUAAAAGAGGAGCAGGCUCUGCAGGAGAACAUGAAGAAGACCAGACAAAGUCGUGCAGACCUCGACCGGCGUGAUGGAGCCACCCCGCUGAAAGAGGACCAGCUGUACUCCCUCUUCCCCACCAUCGACAGGCAUUUCCUGCAGGACAUCUUCAGAGACCACAAUUACAGCCUGACGCAGACGGUGCUAUUUCUUCGUUCUCUACUGGACGAGGAGCCCGUCAAAACAGUGGUCGCCCCAGAGGCCCCUCACUCUGACCACCUCAGAGCAGCCAGCAAGGAGAGGGAGAAGAGGCAGAAGCCCCUCGAGUCCACUGUACUGGACUAUCAGGAUACGGAGGAUCCAGAGUAUGAGGACUUCAGGGCCGAGGCCAGCAUGCAGAGGAGACGACAGCUCGAGAGUUUCUCCAAGGCUGCCGAAGCCUAUAGGCAAGGACGCAAAGAAGUGGCCUCAUUUUAUGCACAACAGGGACACCUGCAUCGCCAGCUGAUGCAUGAGGCCAAUCACCGAGCAGCAGCUCAGAUUUUUGAGAGGGUCAACUCCUCGCUGCUGCCCAAGAACAUCCUGGACCUCCAUGGGCUGCAUGUAGAUGAAGCCCUAGAGCAUCUGGGCAAGGUCUUACAAGAAAAAACCACUGAUUACGAGCAGGGUCUGUGUCGACCUCAGCUCUCUGUCAUCACAGGAAGAGGGAACCACAGCCAGGGGGGCGUGGCCCGCAUCCGCCCCGCUGUUAUAGACUACCUCACCAACAAACACUACAGGUUCACUGAGCCAAAGCCGGGUCUCAUGUUGGUCUCUUUGAAGUGACGAGAGCCUGGUUUAUUGGAUUCAAGCUAAAGCUGCUAUGGGGGACAACACACACACACACACACACACACACACACACACACACACACACACACACACACACACACACACACACACACACACACACACACACACACGUGUCUCUUUGUCUCUCUCUCUCUCUCUCUCUCCUUCUACAAUGCCAGAUAUACAUUCACUACAGUAUAUACAGUACACUUCUCAUUUCCUAUUUCUGUCAGUUUUUUAACCCCCCUGUCUCUCUCUCUGUCUCUCUCU